AUGGCAAGAAUUGGGAGCUCCAACGAGGAGGCCUUUGCUCUUCUCGCAAUCCUCGCAAGUGUUCUCACACUGCUCUUCACGCCUGCGACUGGAUCGAGAUCCAAAAAUCCUCCCAAUGCUGCGGCGAUCGAUCAAUCUUUGUUGGUGGAGUUCCAGGAGGCCGUCCCAUUCCGGGACGCGUACUCAAUUCUUUGGGGCCACAGCAACGCCAACGAGCUGGAAGAUGGAAAAAGCAUCCAGCUCGUGUUGGAUCGACACUCAGGAUCGGGAUUUAAGUCCAAAGAGGCCUUCCAGGGCGGAUUCUUCAGCGCGUCCAUCAAGCUCCCGUCAAACUACACGGCCGGGGUCGUGACAGCAUUCUACGCAUCGAAUUCGGACAAGUUUCCGGAUAGGCACGACGAGAUCGACUUUGAGUUUCUGGGCGUCGUCCCGGGCAUGCCGUACGUCCUCCAGACCAAUGUUUACGGCAAUGGAAGCGUGCGUACUGGACGGGAGGAGAGGAUACGUCUCUGGUUCGAUCCAUCGCUGGAGUUUCAUCGCUACAGCGUGUUCUGGAACCAACAUCACAUCGUGUUCUUCGUGGAUGAUGUUCCAAUCCGGCAGAUGAUAAAGACCAAGGAGGCCGAAGAUUACCCGUGCAAACCCAUGUCUGUGCUCGCAACUAUUUGGGACGGAUCAAACUGGGCUACGUCCGGUGGAAAGUUUCCUGUCGAUUACAAUCGAGCACCAUUUGUUGCAAGUUUCACCGGCCUCAAGCUUUUUAGGGACUCGUCAGUCUAUAGCAUCAACUACAGGAUCAGUGAAGGAGAAUUUGGCAAACAAGGUUUGAGCGGCACACAAAAGUCGAGGCUAGCUUGGGUGAGGCGCAAGUUUUUGAGUUACUCGUAUUGCAACGAUAAAAUGAGGUAUCCAAAACCAUUGCCAGAAUGCUGAAAUUUUUGUUCAUCAGCUCAAAUAUUCUAAGAAUAUUUCCCU